GUGUAUAAAUAUUCCUUUAGCAGGCGAAUGUGUGUUCAGAACGCUUGUAUUUUCCCCCAACUCGCCAUUUCUGUGUUUAUCUCCACCGUUACAGGGUCCGAGGCAGACAUGGGCAAGCUACAGAGCAAAUUCCGCAAGAGAUCCGAGUUGUACAGGCCAUCUCUGGAGGAAAAGGUAGAAACGACAUCCGACUUUCAGGUGGUGCAGUAUGAGCCGGCCCAUCGCGGCUCCAUCAACACCGUCACCACCAUGGGCCCAGACCUGUGUGUUUCCGGGGGUACCGACCAGGUGGUGGUUGUGUACGACUGGAAGCAAGGCCGUGCGUGUCAAUCCUUCCAGGGCCACAACAGAGAGGUUACCAAGUUGGCGUGUUAUCCUGGCAGUACGUGGAUCUUUAGCGGCUCACGGGACAAGACUGUCCUCAUGUGGGACCUGAACCAGGGGGACGAGCCUAUUCAGGAAUUCAGCGGACAUGAGUUAGUGGUCAACGGACUGGCUGUCAGCCCUGAUGGACGAAAACUGUGCACAGGCUCCCGAGACAACUGGAUGUGCUUGUGGGACAUCGAGUCUGCCAAAUGCGAGCAGAGACGCAACAUCUCCAGAAACCUGGUGACUCAUGUGUGCUGGGUGCCAGGGAGCACCACAGUGGUCCAGACCUCGGAGGACAAGACCAUACGGGUGUGGGACAGUCGCUCGUGGAAGGUGACCAACACGUUCCCGGCCAAGCAGUACAUCCAGACGCACUGUGACGUUUGUCCCGAUGGAUACUACGUGGUGUCCAGCAGCAACGGCUUUGGGGGCCAAGGCUGUGAAGCCACGCUGUGGGACCUUCGUCAGCCGGGUUGCAAGGUGGUGGAGUACCGAGGCCACCUGCAGACCACUGCGUGCUGCGUCUUCCUGCCCAAGCCUCCCGGGGGCACUGCUCUGGUAGCGACAUCCUCCCACGACAGCUCCGUCAAAAUCUGGGACCAGAAGUCCGCAGUCUGCUUAGGGACGCUGUCGCUGGACGGCGCCGGUCCUCUGGUGUCUCUGGCACCGAGUGACUCGUCCAAUGUGCUGUGCGCCAGCUUCAACAGCGGCCUCCAUCACAUCCAGGUCAUCCAAGGAUCAGGCCAGGGUCAAAGUUCCGGGGCGGAUGCAGCGAGUGGCCUGGAAGUUAGACUGGUGUCCCGCUUCUGACAGCCGUCGUGUCUUUUUCUACAAGCUAGUUUUUUAACGAAGAUGAUUUGGUUUUAGGAUUUUGGAUCCAUUUUCUAUGAAGCUUAUGCUGUUGUGGACUUAAGAGCAAAGGCGGACCACAGCCUCGAGUGGCGGCCAAUCACAAGUCAACUAUGUAAACCACUGCACCACCAAAGGUAUACUUGGACCUUUUUCUCAAAAGGUAACUUUUUUUUUUUCUUUCAUACUGCCAAAUAGAAAGUUAGACUUUUUUGUAGAGUAGGACUGUAGUGUUAUACUAGUUUUAGCAUUUUAGUAUUUUUAAAAUGAAGCAUGUUUUUUAACUGACCAAGCAGCAGAUAGUCUAAACUAUGCAUCGUCAUUUACUAAUUUUUAGGUAAAAUUUAACUUUGAACAAGUGGGAAUAUCACUUUUUGCAGAACAAACAAAAUAAAUCUGUUCUGUGACACUG